AUGGCAGACAAGGAUAAGAGGACCACGAGAGCAACCGCCAAAAAGCAGGAUGGCCAGCAAAGCCAGGAGAACUCCCGGGUGACUCGCAGUGCGUCAGCAGCAGCAGCAGCAGCGGCAGCAGAUGCUGAUAAGGCAGCGGAUGACAGGGCUGGUGCAUCGAAGAGUACUAAUGGGAAAAGCUCCACAGGGGCAAGCAAGAAGCGAAAGAACGAUGGUGAAGUUCAGAGCACCAAGGAGGACAACAAGAAGCGCAAGCUGCCCAAGAACGACGCCCUUGAUCCGAUUGCCGAAGAAGAUGAAUACGAUACAAAUGACGCCGGGGCCGCACCUCUUCCGGACGGCAGUGUUGGCGAACAGCAUGCAGGUGGCCCAGCGGGCGGCUCAGCUGACGAACCUCCGGAAGAGAAAGAUGAAGCAACCCUUGAAGCAGAAUGGCGGCAAGGCUGGGACGACUUAUUCAAGCUGCUUGAAAGCUCGCCUGAGGGAACCAAGAAGAGUGCACAAGCCCUACGAGAGCGAGCAGAACAAGCUUAUGCCUUCAACAAGCUGAAGAUAUGCGUUCUGGACUUGUCACGCCCACUGAAUCGCCAGUAUUUCGAAGAUCUACGACGAGCAGUCGUGAAAGGGGAGCUUGAGAGAUUCGACGAUGUGUGGAAAGACUCUCCCGACUUCGAUGAGGCUGCGUAUGCGAAGGCGCGAGAUUUGGCGGAUGAGGGUCACGAUCCGAUUUGGCCUACUCCGCGGAAGGUUGUGCCGCCAGUUGAGCCUAUUGCGGACGUGCCUUUAAGAUGGAAGGCUUCAUGGCAGGCGCUCAAUGCUGAACUGGUUUCGGUUGCCAGUGCCGAGGUCUUCCGACACAUCGCGAAGGACUUUGAUACGCUAUUCGAAAGAGCGAACUCCCUACGUUGCAAAGAUCAGGCUUUUGCUAUGGAGCCGCCAGAAUGGAUAGUAGGCCAGUCGCCUGCCGAUUACGUGGAAAAGACGCUACGUCAAGCUGUCAUGGACAAGGAACGAUCGUACUUUGACCCUCUCUGGGAAGAAGCCAUGGACAAGGAGCGCAUAGCAGGCAACAAAGUCAAAGCCCGCGAGCUCAAGCAAAGACACGCCAAAAUGCGUAGUAAGCUUCUCAAGGGAGAUAGGCCGUACCUACCUGCCCUCGAGGAUUGCCUCAGUAAUUGGAUGGCACUUCGUGCCCACGCCAACUUCAGCACUGGCAGGACUCCCGCAAGGAUGCAAGCGUUCUCACAGCUGCUUGCAAAUGUGAACAGCCUCGACCGCUACAAUAUCUACAUCUCGCCCCCUCCGUGGCCAUUGGAGCUAUCAUGGGAGGAGUAUGUACCGAUCUUGACGGACACUGUGCUGGCGGAACGUAAACGUCACUACAUCCUCGCCUGGGACAAGGAGCGAUUUCCAGACGGUCGAGAUCACGAUGUCGACGAGGUGUUCAACGAGCGGUUCAGAGCUCUGCAAGAACAUGUUAUGAAAGGUGGAGGCCCAUACAUGCCGCGUGAGACGGUUCCAGCCGCUCCAGUCGCGGCAGUGGAAGCACCCGAGAGCAAACAGCAGACAGCCAUCGACUUAGGCUUCGGCACGCCUGAAGGACUACCAGGACGCUGGAGUUUCAAGGACACACUCGGUGAAGGCACAUAUGGUCACGCGGGGAUCUGGGUACAGUACAGUGAUCAUGGCACAAUAAUCACCCGUGUGGUUCUGAAGGACUCAUACUUGACCGAAGGCUGGGACAAUGUGCGAUUCCGUCGUGAUAUGGGUAGCGCGCAUUACGAAGUGAUUGUGUCCCGAGCUCUAGCGGGCCUCCCCUCGAACGAGAACGUCGUCCGAUACAUUGCGGAUGCAACGUAUGCCAGGUUGAAGAUGUAUCGCAUCUACAUGGAAUACUGCGAACAUGGCACGCUGGAGUCGCUGCUGAAAGAGUAUCAGCUAUUCAGUCGCAGUAAGCCUGUGACGUCCACUGGCAAGCGCAUACAGACGCUUGUACCCGUGCGUGUCAUGUGGGCAAUUCUUGAGAAUCUGACUUCUGCUCUCUGUCUUUUGCACAGUGGCUACCUCCCAAACGAUGCGAAGAAUAAGCCGCAAAAUUGGACACAGUACAUGCACUUCGAUGUCAAGCCCGUGAAUGUCAUGCUGAGCAAGCCUCGAACCUCCUGCUGGGCAGAUAUCCCAACUGUCAAGCUCGGCGAUUUCGGCAUCGCCUAUCCCGUAGACGCCCAGCAGAGUGGCAAGAUCCUUGGCGGUACCGCAGAGUAUCAAGCUCCUGAACAAGUCCAGUACGGCCUCCCCGGCGCACCCAUCGACAACAUCCUCAACCGCAACAACCCCACAACCCCGAAAUGCGACAUCUACUCCCUCGGCCGCAUGAUGGUCACACUGAUGAACCAGGCCUUACCCCCUAGCGUCACGUUCAUCACGACAGAGCGGGAGAAUCGGUUGAGUGAUGCGGCAGAUGCGUUUUAUCCUGAGGCUAUGAAGAUUAUUGUUAAGAGGUGCACUAGUCUUGGUCCCGGUGAUAGACCGACGAGUGCGGAGGUGUAUGGGUUUGUUAGGAAAGAGGUGGAGAGGUUUCCGGGGCCGAAUGAGUUGCCGCUGAGAUUGCAGGGACGGGUGGAGGGGGAGGCGAUUUUGUUUCUGCCGGAUAGGUAUUUGCUUUGGGCUCCUGAGGGGUGA